GUGUUGGUAUCCGUGGCUGUUGUCUGCUGGGCUUCGGGUGUCUUCUGCUAGGCCGGUUUGCCGGUUCGAAGCUAUUUUGAACAGUGAUUGAGUGCUUUUUAUGGCGCUUGAUGACUUAGCUUCGAGUUCUGGAAUCGGUCUUGUACUGACAGUCAGCUAUGGCAGUAUUGGGCAAGCUAAUGGUUGCGGGGCUGGGAGGCCUGGGUGGUCUUACAGGGGUUCUGUACGCCUCCACAGUGUUGUCAGACACUAAAACAGUCGUCCAGGCGUCUCAGAAGAUAUCUAACUUGAAAAAUAAGCGUUUCGAAACCGACUACAAUGGUUCAUACGAGCCUGCUAUCACAAAGUGGGAUUUCAACUGGGACAGGAGAGACCCAUCUUCCAUGGUUUCCCCAUCAAAAGGGGGUGAAGAUGAUAUUCGGCACAAAAGAGAUUUGACAAUUGUUGAACCGAAGGCUGUGCGGCACCUUCUUUUGAUUCGGCAUGGACAGUACAACAUUGAUGGCAAUACAGACAAAGAAAUGGUCCUCACUAAAAAAGGUGUUGAGCAAGCAAAACUGACGGGCAAGAGGCUUGUAACAUUGAAUUUUCCUUACACUAAAAUGAUGAGGUCUACAAUGACAAGGGCACAACAGACAGCUGACCACAUUCUUAGUCAGAUGAAGCCUGGUGCAUUUCCAAUCAGUGAUGACAAAAUGUUGGAAGAGGGGGCACCAUAUCCUCCUGAGCCCUCUGUUUAUGGUUACGACCCAUUAGACUAUGAAUUCUUUCAAGAUGGUUCUCGUAUUGAAGCUGCUUUCAGGAAUCAUGUUUACCGUGCAGACUUUAGACAGCUUCAAGACUCCUAUGACAUAAUUGUGUGUCAUGGAAAUGUUAUCCGUUACUUUGUCUGCAGGGCGCUCCAGCUGCCACCUGAGGCAUGGUUGCGUAUGGAUCUUCGCCAUGGCAGUAUUACAUGGCUAUCGGUUUGGCCAAACGGAUUAGUAAGUCUUAGAUGUUUAGGUGACAGCGGUCACUUUCCUCCAGAUCUCCUUACAUAGGUCGCAAUUCGUGAGGUUUGCAUUGCUCAAAAUGGUGUGUAAGUUGAAAGAAAGAAAAUGUGUCCUUCUCUUCAUUACUAUGUUUGUCAUGAUCCCGGGACUUUACGGGUGACUUUAAAAGACUGUUAAUAAAUCUGCUGAUGAACUACUA